UUUUUAUUUCACCAAACAAAAAGCCCAUUGAAAGAUUUCUACUAUUACUGCAUUCACCAGAACUUACUUGAAAAAUACAGUUUUGGACACACAUAAAAUGCAACUCACAGAUGAAUAACUGCAACGGUCUGGGUUACUUUUCAAACAUGUCAAGAAAAUGUUCUGUUCUUCAGGGACAUGAGAACACAGUGAAGCAGCACACCAGCUCUUGGUUCCAGACAUCCACUGAGUUUUGGAAAUAGCCUAUCUUCUUAAUUGUUGAGAUUGCAGCAAACAGCUUCUCUUCCAGGAGAGCUGGGGUUUUCAUGUACAACCCCCUGGUUUUGGUGCCACGCCAGCAAAAACAGAAGAAAUUCCCACAUCCUGCCUUGCCACCAAAAAAGGUGCAUUUUCAACAGCUACGUCAGCACAGCAGUCCAUACGGCCACAGAGUCAACUGGAAAAAUGAACUGACCUUGAUUAAAAAAUGCGUUACUAAAAAUGGUGCUGCUUUUAAUCCACUUGAGGUCAUUGGUUUGAUCCCCAGCUUGGAGUCACAAACAGCUGUGGCAGCACAAGUGUGGGGCCAUAGGUGGCGGUGGCAGAGAGCAGGAAAUCCUCAAAACCUGCAGCCAAGAACACGCUACGUAGAACUGUACAUCACGUUGUAUGCAACCGUCAGAGGGACACACCACAUUUUCUUCAGAGAUGAGGCAAUGAAGAAAUCCUUCUCUCAGUUUCUUGUCCUGGUUCCUGCAGUCUGCCGUCUCUAAAAGCGUGCACAUACAAGAAUUCUAGAAGAUACUAAACUGGAUCUCAGAAAUCAUGCUGGUUAAGAAAAAAGAAAUCUCAAAAUGCGUUGUUUUUCCUAACCACUCUCUGUUACAUUGGCUUAACUGAAGAAAUUACAAACAACGAGGCUAAUAACUGAGCGCUGACAAGCUCUUAAGCCAGCUCUUGCGUUGAAGAAUGUACAAAGGAUCUUCAACAUUUACAUUAAGAUGAAAAUCCUCUAAAAAUCAACCCUAAGUUGCUCCUGACUUGACAACCCAACGCUGGGAUUCCUCCUUCAGAAAGAAAAUAUCCACAUCUGAUUUGAAAAAUCAGGUUCCAAACUUGGCGUGCCACGGUUCCGUGAAGUGCUGGGUUGUGUUACAGGGUUUGCACCUCCCACACUUUUCACUUUCACAUAUUUACAGCCCUUCUGGUCUAUAAAACUACCAACAAGCAAUUCCUACUUUGCAGUUAUAAAAGGGGCCCCAAAUGCAAGAUGGCAGAGCAGUGCUCCCCCCAGGUUAGCUUCUGUGUUUGGGACGGCGGGUUCAGACUCCGCCAAUACAUCUGUCGCCUCUGAUCUGAAAGACAACACAUCUGUGAAGAUGGGUUCUCAAGCAGCACAACAUAUCAUCAAGAAUAGAAUGUAUGACCACCACGCCCGUGCCUUUCCCUUAAUUUCACAGUUUGUGGCACUGCUCACAUGCUAGGCUGGAGCUGGUGCUCAGCUCCCACACUCCUCCAUGGGUACCAGUAACAGGGACACGCGCACCCCAUCGACGCCGGAUCCCGUCAGCCAGCGGAACGUCCAACGCCGGGCUGCCGCGGGACUCGAACCCGCGAACCCACGGAGGAGGCGGAGCCGCCACCUGCGCGAGCCUUUCCGGAGUCCGCCGCUCCUGGCGGGGACGCUGUGCCGGCUGGGCCAUCCCGGCGGGGCCACAAUCUCUGAGUCACGCACUUCGUGAUUGGACAGCCGCUUCCUCACCGGCCAAUGGCAGGCGUCCUUUCGCGGUGAGCGGUGCCCGCCUAGGGCGCCAUCUUGCCGGCGCCGGGAGGAGCGGAACGGAGCGUAGCGGCGGGCAGCGAGUCGCCGUGCCGGCCCCGCCAUGCCGCACUACCAGGCCUGGGAGGAGUUCACUCGCGCCGCGGAGAAGCUCUACCUCGCCGAUCCCAUGAAGGUGCGAGUUGUUCUCAAAUAUCGACACUGUGAUGGGAACCUCUGUAUCAAAGUAACGGAUGAUGUAGCUUGCUUGCUGUAUAGAACAGACCAGGCGCAAGAUGUAAAGAAGAUUGAGAAAUUCCACAGUCAGCUGAUGCGACUGAUGGUGGCUAAGGAAUCCCGCAGUGCUGCCAUGGAAACAGACUGAACUGCUGAAAAUAAAGGAGCGCUCCGGUCGGAUUUCACUGGAAGAAAACAUCUCUUGGAUUUGAACAAACAGUGGGACAGGAGAUGCUUUUACAUACCGAAGUGGACUGUUGACAAGUCUAGAGCAUCUUCCUCCCCAGACUCCACUUUGGAAAACUAGGAAAGUAAAUGCUUUCAAUUGAAAGCUUAUAUUUAUUUUUGGGAAUUGAACAAGAAACUAUUCUUACACACUAAAGUACACUAAGACGACAAAUCUUUACAAUUCUACAGUACUUGUGUGUGAAUUUGGUGGGCCACAAGCAUGUUUCUGGAAAGUUGUAAUAAAAUUUCAUAUAGGUUUUGUUGUGUUCAUAUGUUAUGCUGAUGUAUUCUCAGUGAGAGGAUUUAUUAACAUAAUACUGUAGUGUGAUUAAUGGAUCUAAUAGAUAUUUACAUAAAUAAUAUACUUCAGUGGGGUUUAGAAGAUUGGCUGCUUUCUGAACUGAAUGUUCAAAUUGCCAAUGUAUAUUAACACUGCACCUAGCAAAAUUUUAGCUUUUAUUAUUGAUUUUGGUCACAUGCAGUAAUGCAUCUGUAGAAUCCAUGUUAUAUUGGGUAAAUAAUUAAGCUUCUCUAUUUGAAAUGUUAAAGCAACACCUGCUGUAUACAGUUAGCAGUGCUCAAGCAGUUUUUCUGGUUAGGCAAAUAUUGAUUAAAAAUACCAGACUUUUUUUCAGUACUUGAACUAUUGCAUACUAGAAAGGGGGGCCUUUCCCAUCCUUGCCUCAGGCAGAGUUGAAGUAUAUCAGCAGGACUAAAUCUAGAGGCUCUUGCCUGUUAAUAGAAGUAUGCAACCAACCACUAUCCAGUCAUCAUUUUUAGCUACUUGUGAACUGUGCAUUGUCAAAUGUUACAUGAGGCAAGUGGGAUGUCAACCAGCUGAACAGGUAGAUAAAAACCAGCUUGAUAAAUAACACUGUCAAAAAUAGACCCAUGCCCUCUAGGCUUUGACUUUUUUUUGCGUGCUUACCUCUGGUAGGGUGAUGAAAACUUUGUCUUUUGCAAAUGCUUUCAUGCUUGACAACUCAGUAGCUGAAAUUGAUACUGGACCAUGUAUACUUAAAACCACAUUUUGUUUUUUAUGUAAAUAUGCUACUGGUGUACUGUAUGUCCAGCUACUGUUUUGGCUUAAAAAGACAAAAGGCAUAAAACAAGCCAGAGCCACACAAAGACUUGUCUGUACUGACAUUUAAAUAUGGCAAAGCAAUCCACUUCAAUAGCUACCUGUUGUCACUGACAUUAAAUAAUCACAGUCUACUUAGAAACAACAGAGUUCUUAGAUUUGCUGAGGUCUCUAACACAAAACACAGGCUCAUCUGCUGCAGUAGAGUACCCAACCAGCUGAUGUGCAGCAUUGCAUACUGUUGGAGAGCACUUGGGUACUGAAUUGCCAAUGGCUGCUCUGUAGCAGUGACCUACACGUAAAGGUUUUGGAUUGGCUUUUGAAAUGCAGAUCAACACAGAGAGAAGGCUAGACUUCGUCCAUAAUUAAGCUGUAAUAAGAUGCUGUGUUCUGAAAGUUCCUUGGUGCUCCAAAUUAUUGUCUUAAUGAUUGCAAUAUAGCAUGUUAAGUAAUCAAACCAUUUUUUAAAUCUAGAGUACUGUUUUGCAGUAUGUAUGGUUGCUGUAUAGAUGUCACACAAGCAAAGUUUCACACUGCUGACUUGGCAGGUGCAAAGGCUGCUGCUAUGUCAGUGUGAUUUUUGGCCACUUUAUAAAUUGGUUUGGCACGUGUGGUGUGCAUGGAGGAUAAAGGUAAAGAGAGAGAGCUGCAGGUAAACUUCAUGCACCAGGGGCAGAGACCUGAGGAGGUUUUAAAGGGCAGUACUGGUGACUAGCAGAGGGAUGGAUUACAGUGCUAUACUAAAUUGCAGUUGUCAAGAAAGAGAGGCAGGAAAGUCAGUUUCUGGUUGACUAAAUUCAGAAAUUAUUGCUGUAAAAAUCACAAGGAAAUAUUAAAGCUGUAUUCUUAAAGGUUAUGUUAUGCUUAUUCUUUGUAUACUUGCUGGAAAAUGAAGAUGGUACUAUGCAGUUAUAAUAAAAAUAUUGCUAAAGCUAUUGCUUUAAAGACAAACAAAAAAGCCUUUAUAAACUCAUUUAGGGAAAAAAAAUGACGACAUUUCGUGCUUCUUGACUUUGUCCUGCAGCUUUCAGUCACUUCAAUACUUUUUCUACCAUCCCAUGAACAAACACUGAACUCAAAGUUCUGCUUUUUACUGUUUAUGUUCUUGUUGAGAGUACAGUAUGCACUUGUCGCAGAUGUACUGUAGUUACCAAUUCCUAAUAAACUUUGUCAAUGAGUUAGGCAGGCCAACUGCCAACUGCUUAAAGGUGUCUGUUGAUACCUAAUGAAAAAAGUCAGCUGCAUUAAAAAGUAUCUGAUGUGUGUAGAAUAUCUGCAUGGGAAGUGCUGAAUGCAGCAGCCUAGCCUAUCAGCAGAUGCUUCUGGUUUCCAGAAACAAUUAUGCCAAUUAAAGGAUGCAAACAGCCAGCUCAGGAACAUAUAGGUAACUUGUCUGGUAAUGGGAAUCUUUACAGGAGGACCAAAGUUAUUAAAAAUCAAAGGAUGGU